AUGCGGUCGAAGUCGGUCGCUCGACGAUUUGCUCAAGGCAUCAGUGGCGACGAAUCGGACGCAUCCCGUGGACUACCCGUGAAUUUAGAAGUGCCUCCAGGGCUGCAGGUGGUACCGAUGAGCAAACACCACGAGCACGGUCCGGCUGAGUUCAGCUUACCCACUACGCUGCAUCAUCACCUCCUACCAACGGCAGACGAUGUACGCGAGCGGUUAAAGUUACAGAGUGCGGAACAGUUCCUUCUACAGAUGGCGCGAUUGCAGCGACCGCCGCCCGAUCUCGACGUCCAAACCGGAUCUGUCGUGGCGCUAAAGACCAUCCCGAAAGGGACACAGUACGGUCCGUUCGUUGGGAAGCUGCUGCGAGAACCGAUGGACCGACGGUUCGCCUGGGAGGUGAUAGAUCUGGAUAUUCGAGGCUGGCUGGAUGCAACGCUCGAGCCGACAAACUGGAUGAAGCACAUUCGCUGCACCACGAGCGCGGACGAGGCGAAUGUGCAACACUUCCUCAAAGAUGGUCAUCUGUGGUACGAAGUGAUAUGUGAUAUCAGUCCCGGAAGGGAGCUGCUGCUGCGACCAAAGGUUCCUCUUCAUCCCAGGGAUGGCCAAGACGAGAGGGGGAGCGAACGUGGCUCGGGCGGUUCCCAGCACAGCGACAACUACGAGGACGAGUACAACACCUCGAACGAUCUCGACGCUAGUCACGGCAAGGAGCAACACCAUCACCAUCACAGCGGCACCAGCCACAGCAGCAGCAGCAGCAGUAGCAGAAGCAGCCACGACGGCAGCACCGGACACGAUCACCACCACCACCAUCAUCGCAAGGUCGGUGCGAACGGGAACGGCCAUCAUCAGGCAGAGGACGGUGGCAGCCAUCACCACCACUCGGACGCGAAGGACGACGACGAGGACGAACAAGGCAUCGACGCGCGGUGUGUCGUCUGUGAUCGCCAGUGUCACGAUAUCGAUCAGCUUGACGAUCAUCUCGUGAUCUCGCACCAUUACCCGAAGGACGCCUACAGGUGUGAGCUUUGUCCGCGUGCGUACAGCUACAGACCGUCGUUGUUGCGGCAUCGUGCGAUCGUGCACGGUGAGCUAAGGCGCUUUCCCUGCGAAAACUGUCCCAAGAACGAAGAAACCGAGCUGAGCACAGCAACCCCCAACUCUUCCCCGUCGGGCGAACUAUUCAGUUACCUUCUGCAAGCUCAUGAUACUAGGGUUUUCACCGAUCCAUCGAACCUUCAGCGCCACAUCCGGACACACCACGUGGGAGCCCGAAGCCACGCGUGUCCAGAGUGUGGCAAAACCUUUGCCACUUCAUCAGGGCUAAAGCAGCACACGCACAUCCACUCGUCGGUGAAGCCGUUCCAGUGCGAGGUGUGCUUCAAAUCGUACACCCAGUUCUCGAACCUGUGCCGUCACCGGCGAAUGCACGCCGACUGUCAGGUGCAGAUCAAGUGCAACAAGUGUGGCGAUAGCUUCAGCACCACGACGUCACUUUCCAAGCACAAACGCUUCUGUGACUCGACGGCUGUAACGCGAGCAUCCUCGUUACAUUCGGGUGGACCUCCUCAUCCAUCUCAGUUGCGCCAUCCACACGAUCCUUAUCCGCACGCCGGUCGGGGAGGUCUUGGUGCGGGUUCAACCACUCAAAUCCCGCCAUCUGGUGGUGCCGGAGGUGGUCCAACACCGACUGUGGCCACUGGAACCGGUGUUCAUUCGCUGCCGCCUGGGAUGGCGACUCCUCCGAAUCCGUUCCUGAUGUUCCCUGGGGCGCCCUUUUUUGCGCCCGGUUUUCGACCGUACCCGGGCAUGCCGGGAAUUUUCCCACCGGGUGUUCCCGGUCAGGUGCCGCAGUUUCCUUUGUCCUUUUUCCCGAAACCGGCCGUACCAGGACCGUUGGGUGAACCGGAUCGUCGUACGCCUUCACCACCGGCGCGCCAUCUCAGCCUGCUCGAGGGAUAUGGCCAUCAGGCGAUGAAAAUCUCACCACCGACGGGUGAAGAAGCGACCAACCAUUUGAGACCUUCACCAGCUCGACCGAUUCCGGUCAGUUUCAAUUCAGCGGCGGCUGCUGUGGCGUUGCUCUCGGCAGGAUCACCAGGUCCUCUGACGGGUUCGAUAGGAAACCAUCCAGUAACCGACGGUGGUCAUAACAACAAUCACAUCAAGGAGAACAACAAUCCACCACAGAAGAGGGCUUCGAGUCGUGGCAGCUCGAUCAAGGACGCUGUGGAGCAACGGCAGCAGGAGUUCUCUGACGUGGAGGACGAAGACCCUGCCGUGGGGUCUGGGAUUCGGGUGAAGAACUUUUCGAUGCGAUCGAAGAACGAGCGAGAUUCUACAAAAUCACCGGCAUUGCCUGGGGCUAAGCAGGAUCGACGGCGUACUUUCGAUGAAGGGGAUUCGUCCGAGUCAGAAGAUUGCCCUGUUGAAUCGAAAAAGCUGAAAAAGGAUGAACCUGCAUCUGGUGGAGCGACAGAGCAACCGUUGGAUCUGAGUCGCUCGAAAAAGCUCCGCAAUGGCGAUGCCGAUGAUCUUGGUGAUGUGGAUGACGACAAGGACACCCAGGAGGUCGAGAACCGCAGCUCUAACCGAAGUCCGACUCCAAUUGAGGUGGCCAGUCCCAUCCGGUCCCCGUCAGUUCCAACACCUUGUUCAGCGGAAGUAACCCACCACGAUCUAUCCUUGCGUGCGCGAGGACGUAACGCAAUGGGUUCGUCCUUGUCUCCAAAGCCGACAUCCGGUUCUCCUCCAGCGGUCGUGUUCACUUUACCGAGCCCUUCACCAUCGCUCUCACCGCGUCCUACACCAUCACCAUCCUCCCCCGUGGGUGGCGUUGGAUUGGCCGGACCACACCACCAACCCAUUUCGUACCCUCGGCCCAUCUAUCCGCUUCUGCUCGAGGCGAUGUAUCACCGGCCAGGCGCGAUGGGUGCUUUCCAGCGGCCGGCUUUCAAUUUACUGGACUCGCUCGAGUCCAACCUGGACCUGUUGAAGCGCACUCGUCAGCAGUACUUGCCGGCGAAAGCGUUCCAUCAUCAUCACCAUCAACCACCACCGGGUAUGAUGCCACCGGGAUUCGGUCUCGGUGCUAGUGGCGUUCCUGGUCAACCUGGAACAACGAACUCUGGCCAACCUAGUGCCGCCGGCAAGGUGAAAGAUCGAUACUCGUGCAAGUACUGCGGCAAGGUGUUCCCACGCUCAGCCAACCUAACACGGCACCUGCGCACGCACACGGGCGAACAACCGUACAAGUGCCGGUACUGCGAGCGUUCCUUCAGCAUCUCGAGCAACCUGCAGCGGCACGUGCGCAACAUCCACAACAAGGAACGGCCGUUUAAGUGUCACCUGUGCGAACGAUGCUUUGGCCAGCAGACGAACCUCGAUCGGCAUCUGAAGAAGCACGACGCAGAUGCGGCCGGGCUGGUGUUGGGCGAUUCGCCUUCAUCCAACGAGGCUGAACGGGGUGAUGAUGUGUUCUUCGAUGAGAUCCGGUCGUUUAUGGGCAAGGUGACGUAUUCGGGGCCAGCGGCAGCGGCUGGGUUGGUUGGGGGAGUCACCGGAACUGGGGUGGUUGGAGCGCCUGAGUUGGAGCUUCCACUGGCCAGCAAAGGAGUGGAUGGUUUGGACGAUGGUGAUGGAAGUCGCGCCGGAAGUGUCGCUGGAAGGCGUCGGUAUGCAACGCCACUGGAUGUGACCGGUGGAGAGGAUGAGGAGGAAGAGGAAGAGGAGGAGGAAGAGCUAGAGGAUGCGGCCAGCUGCGAUGGGGAGAGUGAUCUGAUCAACAUCGACUCCGAUAAGGAUACGAUCAACAACAACGACACGAUCGAGGUGUCGACCUAA